AUGGUGAGCACUCGUCAUUCCAUGCCGGCCUCACAAGGCCACCCACUCAGCGCCGGUAGUUGUACCGGGGCGCAAGCUGGAUCCGCAGCAUCAUCAAUGGAUAUCCGUACCAUGGUGGAUGAUACAGGCCAUGGCAAGCAUGGGUGUACGGAGAUGUGGCGCCCUACAUGUUUCCUCACAGACUUUGUCGAUGGCGUGCAGGGCUCGCAUGAGAGGCUUGCAGAUCGAGGCACCUCUGGGAAGCAGGCCAAGAAGGCAGGGAGAUGUGCUGCUGCAAGCGCGUUGAGCGCCAUCCCCGGCUUGGAUUCACUUUCGCAAUCUGCCAAACCGCUGAAAGAUAAGGGAUGUCACCGGAGGGCAAAAAAGGGCGAGGGAACAAAAAAGGGCAAUGAUGCUGCCAGGCGCAUCAAAUCAGGCUGA